CUACCUGUAAAAAUGCACUUCCGCCUCAGCACUUGAACCCCUAGAGGUAUUGGAGGAUGCUCCCCUCAAAAAUGAAGCAGGGAAAUUGCGCCUAAGAGAAGGUGAUUUGUAGAGACUCCAUCCAGUAAAGGUGCUUUCGGCUAUCUGGUCCGCAUCUGCAGCUAUCCUUCCCCAUCCGAGAAAACCGCGUCAGCGGACCGAAAUACGGACGGAUCACCUCAAUAAUAAAGGCCGCCGGCCGCAGAGGCUACCCGCCUGAUCACCGCUGGACACUCCGAGGCAAACCAACUGACUCCUGCAUCUUUACCAUCCCUACCGUGCCUUUACUGCUUACCUAGUCAAGAAAAGACAAGGACCGCCUUGAGCACUGAAUAUUUGCGGCACCCCCUCGCCUCCAUACUCUCAGUCCCUCCCUCCCCCGCAGUCAGAUAUGGCGACAGCCACCACCGUCAUGCAAGACGAGAUGCCUCUGACGGCUCGCAUUGGAGAGCUGGACCGUCACGGCUUCCUCUUCGGCCAGAAGCUCGCCGCCUCCAUGUCUCCUUUGCUCCACUCGGUAGUCUAUCGGGAGCUUGGUCUGCGGUGGGAACAGAUCAGGCUCGACUCAACGGACAUGGGCCACUUCUUGAAGCUGAUGAAGCACCCCAAAUUUUACGGCGCAUCAGUCACGAUGCCCCACAAGGUCGCCAUCAUGCAGCACCUGGACGAGCUGACCGACGAAUGCCGCGACAUUGGCGCAUGCAACACCAUCUUCAUCCGCGACCUGCCCGACGGCCGGCGCCUGUUCUGCGGGACCAACACCGACGUCGUGGGCACGCGCGAGGCGUUCCUGCAGAACGUGUCGCGCCCGGCCGCGGUCUUCGAGGGCAGGCCGGGCCUGGUGGUCGGCGGGGGCGGCGCCGCCCGGUCGGCCGUGUACGCGCUGCGCAAGUGGCUCAAGGCCACCGACAUCUACCUGGUCAACCGCGACAAGGCCGAGGUCGACUCCAUCAUGGCGCAGUGCGCCGAGAGGGGCUACGGCGACGGCCUGGUGCACGUCGAGACGACCGAGCAGGCCGAGGCGCUCGAGGGGCCCGGCGCCGUCGUCGCCUGCGUUCCGGACUUCCCGCCCAGGACGGAGGCGGAGAGGCUGGCCAGGCGGAUCACCCGGACGAUGCUCCGCAAGGAGCACAAGGGCGCCAUGCUGGAAAUGUGCUAUAACCCGUCCCCCUACACCGAGCUCGGCGCCCUGGCGGAGGCCGAGGGGUGGCAGGUCAUCCUCGGUACUGAAGCCCUGGUCUGGCAGGGGAUUGAGCAGGACAAGUAUUGGACAGGUCGCCAAGCCAGCGAGCUACCAGUCAAGGCGAUCCAAGAAGUGAUCGCGUCCAAACUUGGGCAAAGACUACGGCUGUAGACUGAGGAGUUGGAGGUUUUGUGGAUAUUAUUAGUAUACCAUUUAUUGGAGUCAUUAGUCGACACAGCCGGGACAACAGGCAUUUGUAUUGCGCAGCUAGUGUGGCUUUUUUUGUCUUGUUACAACUACCAUUCUAGUCUAGAUGAAUAGAUGAGAUAUAUACCUAGAUCUGGUUGUCGGUGUGUCCACACUGC